AUGGGUCUUCUCCUUCUUAGGGCUUGCCCAGAUGCACCUGGCAGCCUGGCUCUUGCAUUCCUCAGCUGGGCUUGGAUGCUGGUGGUCCUCUACCUGGUCUGGCUCUAUUGGGAUAGAAACACACCCAGGGCUGGAGGCCGCAGAUCUGCCUGGGUUUGCAACUGGGCAGUUUGGAGACAUUACUGUGACUACUUCCCCCUCUCGUUAAAACUGCAGAGUUGGACCCCUCCUGGAACUACCUCUUUGACUUCCACCCUCACAGGGUCCUGGUCGUGGGAGCCUUCGCCAACUUCUGCACAGAGCCCACGGGCGUCUCCUGCCUCUUCCCGGAGCUCCCGCCACACCUGCUCAUGCUGCCUUGUUGGUUCCAUCUCCCCUUCUUCCGGGACUACAUCAUGUCAGGUGCUUCUGCCCUCCCCCCAGGUUUGGUCUCCUUUGUCAAGGCCCCGCUGCCUCAGGGGUGGCCAGGUGGCUGUCCUGGCCGUGGGAGGGCCCCUGGAGGCGCUGGAGGCAAAACCCGGACAACUGAGCUUGCGGAUUCGGAAUCAGAAGAGAUUCGUUAAGGCAACUCUGGAACUCGGGGAGAACGAGCUCUUCCAGCGGUUCCCGAAUCCGCCGAGCUCGUGGGUGUGGAGGGCGCAAGAGGCUCUGCAUCCGCUGCUAAGCGUGGCCCUGCCGCUGUUCCUGGGCCGCCGGGGCCUCCCGCUGCCCUUCCGCGCGCCCAUCCGCACCGUCGUGGGAGCGGCGAUUCCCGCGCAGCAGAGCCCCCCGCCCAGUCCGGCCCAGGUGGACUCGCUGCAAGCGCGCUACGUGGGGCGACUCACGCAGCUCUUCGAGGAGCACAAGGCGCGCUAUUGUGUCCCAGCCGACAGACACCUGGUCCUCACCUAG